GGUAGAUGGAGGAGGAGAGCGCCUGGCGCACUGUCUGGUGCAAUAAGAAUGGCGGACUCUGCAGCCUUUCGAAACAGCAAGUACGGGAGGGAUGAAUGUGAGCAGCAAAGGUGUAAUAUGAUGGAUGUGCCCGGCAUUCGGGGCGCCCCUUGAUUAUCGCGCCCGGUUGUGCUUAGGAACAUAGAUUAUUGCACGAAACUUAACCAUGGCCAACUCUAGCAUGUUGGGAUGCCUCCGCUCGACUGGUGAAAAUUUCCUGGGCAAUGCCGUCUCUCCAGAGCCUCUAAGUGCCCCUUGGCAGCCACACGUGUCCAGAUUCAUCAGGGCCCUCUGCAGGAACUCUGAACCGUCCACACGCAGAUGGCAGAGGCAGGUCGUUGCAGCUGCUCAAAGCAAGCAGCAAUGGGUAGAAUCCCGCUUUUCCGGAGGCUUAGAUUUGUUUGGAAUCAGUAGAGAGGCUAUCGGCAACAAUGAGGGGGCGUUGGGGUUCAGAAUAGGUCGGGGGCUGUUGGUCUGCAGCGCAGCCCGGGGGUCGGGGCUACAGGACGCUCCUCCGGCAGUCACUCCGCAAACGCUUUGGCAGGGCCUGAAACCAACGGUCUCUUACCUUUCCGACUACGAGCUCGAUAGAGUGGAGGAGGGGCUCAAGGUUGCUUUUGACGCCCACGACGGGCAGCGGAGAAAGAGCGGCGAGCCGUACAUCAUCCACCCUGUUGCCGUUGCGGAGAUCCUAGGACAAAUGCAAAUGGACUGCGAAACGAUUAUUGCCGGCCUGCUCCACGACACCGUCGAAGACACCGACGCCGUCACUUUCGAGUCGAUCGAGCGGCAGUUCGGGGCGGGGGUGCGGCGCAUCGUGGAGGGGGAAACGAAGGUGUCGAAGCUGGGCAAGAUUCAGCGGCCGAAGGAAGGAGCGCCCCCGCAGGACGUCAAGGCGGAGGACCUGCGCAGCCUCUUCUGCACGAUGACCCAGGAGGUCCGCAUCAUCAUCGUCAAACUAGCAGAUAGAUUGCACAACAUGCGGACUCUGAGCCACAUGCCUCCGCACAAACAGCACUAUAUCGCCGACGAGACGCUGCGCGUGUUCGCCCCCCUGGCGCGGCUCCUGGGCAUGUACCGCAUCAAGAGCGAGCUGGAGGAGCUGUCGUUCAUGUACAGCGCGCCGCAGCAGCACGCGCUCAUCCGGCGCCGCAUGGACGAGUUGCGCCGCCAGCAGGAGCCGGCCGUCGCCAAAGCCAAGCGGGAUUUGGAGGACCGUCUCUCCAAGGAUGCGUGCCUGUGUUUGACGCACAGCUUCCGGGUUGAAACGCUGUGCAAGGAAGCCUACAGCAUCUACAAGAAAGUCAAAGCGAGCGGGUGCGAGAUCGAGGACGUCUGCAACAUUGCCCAGUUGCGUAUCAUUCUGGAGCCCAAACCGAUAGCUCAGCUGAGCCUCGCCCCACCGGGCGCAACGUUCACCGAUCAGCAGCUGUGCUACCACGUGUUGGGACUGAUCCACAAGAUGUGGACACCUGUCCCUGGUGCGGUGAAGGAUUACAUCGCCACCGCGAAACCCAAUGGGUACCGGAGCCUGCACACGACGCUCCUGCCGCUGGGGGCCAAGCCGUUGAUUCCGCUAGAGGUGCAGAUCCGGACCGCCGAUAUGGACCGUGUUGCGGAGUGGGGCGACCACUGUCGAGCGGGCGGCGGCGGCCUGGUGUAUACGGAAGCCAGUACUUCAGAAAGCUCGGAGGACGGUAACUGCAACGGAAACUCCCUCUACGGCCCCACUCUCCGCCUCGCCCGCAGCCGCGGUCCGGGUCUCGCGAACGAAGAAAUAAAACGGCGUAUGAAGUGGCUCGACUCGAUCCGGGAGUGGCAAGAGGAGUUCGUCGGCAACAUGACCGCGCGCGAGUUUGUGGAUACCAUUACUGGGGACCUGUUUAGCAGCCGCGUGUUUGUGUUUUCGACCAGCGGGGAGCCGCUGAACCUGCCGAAGGGGGCGACGGUGAUCGACUACGCAUACCAGAAGGAUACGCAGAUGGCGAAUAGGAUGGUCGGAGCGAAGGUAAACGGGAACAGCGUCCCCGUAAAAACGGUCCUUUGCAAUGCCGACGUCGUUGAGAUCCUGGAGUACGAGGGCGACAAGCGAAAGGCCUUCCGCCGACAUCAGCAGUGGCUAAAGGACGCCAGAACGCGCAGCGCCCGGCACAAGCUGACGAAAUACCUGCGCGAGACGGGCGUCACGCUCGGGGAGGAGUUAACCGGGGACUUGGUUAAGGAGUUUGUGUUAGAAGACGGGGCGGGGUCGUGGUCCGAACUGGUCGAGAGCAGCUCGUCCGGGGAAGACUCGGACGGCGUCUCGGACGGUGUGAAAAGGCGCGGGGCCGGUGUGAACGGGCACGGGGUGGAGUCGUUCGACACGCAGAUAGACGAGGAGGAGAAACGGCUGCUCGCGCAACGGAUCGAAGAGGAGGAACGGCGGGUUAAUGAACGGUUAGCGAGCAACGGGGCCGCAUCCCCAAGCUCGAACGGGCGGGUUAAGGUAAACGGGUUUGCGCGGCCCGGGGGAUCCCCCAAAGGAGAAAACGAAGCGGAAAACGAGGCGGGGGUGGUGUUCCGGGGGCAUCAGCACCGGCAGCUGACGCAGUGGCACGAAGAGGGGGAGGCGAGCGUGAUGUGGUUGGACGUCCGGUGUAUGGACCGAAAAGGUCUUCUAGCGGACGUUUCUCAGAUCCUGUCCGCAUCCGGGUUCAGCAUCAAAUCCUACACCGGGCACACCGUCCGGGGGUACGGGAUGAUGCUGUUUGGGAUCGAGCUGGAGGUCAGCCAGCAAACCAACGUGGACAAGAUGGCGACUGUGCUACAAGAAGUUCUGAGGGUCCAAAAUGUGACCGGUUGGUACAUCGGUUGCACGCUACGGCAAGCCUCGUUGAUGUCGAAGAGCAAGUAGAAAAAGCAUAGGAAAACGUGUUGAUUGGUCUUGGUAUGGCUUCCCGCACGCACCGAGAUGCAAACGUAAUCCUCUGGUUGUACCUGUAAAUAUGAACGUGUUCAUUG